CGUAUAAUACAACGCGUCAAUUACAACAGCCGAUAAACUUCAGCUCAAGGUCACUACAUUGAAACUUACUUCGCAUUACGAAACUUCUGCAUUGCAAUAUCCAAAAGGAUCUAUCGACGCGACGCGUGUUGCUACAAUGGCUGUUCACGAUGUUGCCCCGGGCUACAUUACUUUCGAAAGUAGAGUGGCAUCUUACCGUAGUGCGCAACCCCUUACUGGUCGUAGGACGUCGACCACUGGAUCCAAAGCUCCAAAAAGUCUUAAAUGGCCGCACAAAUCCUUGCUACCAGAAGAACUUGCGAAAGCAGGUUUCUUUUACUAUCCUUCGCAAUCCAAUCCCGACAAUUGCGCUUGUUUUCUCUGCCAUAGAUCUAUUGAUGCCUGGGAGGAAGGUGAUGACCCAUUGAAAGAACAUUUGAAGCAUUCACCAAAUUGUGGAUGGGCGAUUGUUGCCUCGAUUGAGGCACAAGAUGAAGAAUUGAGCAGGGAAUUCCCCGCCAGUUUGAGAAUGGUCGAGGCUAGAACUGCUACAUUUGCAGGAAAAUGGCCUCACGAAGCAAAGAGGGGUUGGAAAUGCAAGACUAAACAGUUGGUCAACGCUGGAUGGAAAUAUACUCCAACCGAAGAAUCGAACGAUAUGGCGACUUGUACUUAUUGUUCAUUGGCAUUAGAUGGAUGGGAGCCAUCCGACAAGCCAUUGGAUGAACAUUUUAAUCGAUCACCCGAAUGCCCUUUCUUCAUACUUAUCGACGAACAUAACUCUGAACUUGCCCUGAAAAAGUCAACUGCCAAGAGAGGCAGAACAUCGAAAGCAUCGCGGCUAUCUACACAAUCCGCUGUUACCAUUGCUAGUGAUGCAGAUGUUGAAGAGGGGGAUAGCAUCAUGUCUACAGCCACACAAAAAGGCAAAACAUCUGGGCCCAGAGGUCGAAAGCCUUCGGCUAAAAAGGCAGUCCCAGCUCAAUUAUCUACACAGCCCGCUAUUGAUGUAGCUAGUGAUGCAGAUGUAGCUAGUGAUGCAGAUGUAGCUAGUGAUGCAGAUGUAGCUAGUGAUGCAGGCGCUGCUAGCGAUGCAGAUGCUGCGGAGGGGGAUAGCAUCAUGUCUACAGCCACAACAAAAGGCAAAGCAUCUGGGCCCAGAGGUCGAAAGCCUUCGGCCAAAAAGGCAGUCCCAGCUCAAUUAUCUACACAGCCCGCUAUUGACGUUAUUAGUAAUGUAGCUGCCGAAGAGGGAGACAGUAUCAUGUCUACAGCAACAACGAAAGCGAAGACAUCUGCACUCAAAGGCCGAAAGGCCCCAGCCAAAAAGGCUGCCUUGGCUCAAUUAUCUACACAGCCCACCAUUGACGUUGAUAGUGAUGCAGACGAUGUAGAUAAUGUAGAGGAUGCAGAGGGGGACAGCAUCAUGUCUACAGCAACAACGAAAGCGAAGACAUCUGUACUCAAAGGUCGAAAAGCCCCGGCCAAAAAGGCCGCUUUAUCUCAAUCGUCUGCCCAGCCCGCCAUUGACGUCGCUAGUGAUACAGAUGAUGCAGAUGAUGCAGAGGGGGGCAGUAUCAUGUCUAUAGCCACAACAAAAGUGAAGACAUCUGCACUCAAGGGUCGCAAGGCUACGGCUAAGAAGGUCGAACCAAUUGAGGCUCCUAAAGCCCCAACGGCAUCUUCUAAUCGUGGGAGAAAGAGGAAGAGCGACGACGAGAUGUCUCAACCUGACCUUCCAAAUCCCCAACCUAAAAAACGUACUACAAGGGCUAGUACAGCACAAGUUGUUAUUCCUCAAGCAUCCGCUGCACCACUCCGAGCACCCACUUUUACAGACUUGCAAAACCAGGCAGAAGCUUCGGACUUGCUUUGGAUGGAAGGAUCUCCACUGGAAUCACCCCCCGGAUCUCCACCCCCCUUGUCCCCACCCCAAUCUUCAGUCGCGGACAACCAAUUUUCAGACACAGAACAUCAAUCUUCCGAUGCGGAAAACCAGUUCCCUGAAAGACCCAACACUCCUCCAAAUCAAGGUUCUAUAGCACCUAAAACUAACAAGCAAUGGGAGCCCGUAGAUGCUGAGAUGUUUUUCGGCGAAGAAGAACAUGAGCAUUUCUUGGAAGCAAUGUCGAAUCUCAGGACAGGAAAUUUAACCAAAGCAGAGAGCCAAAUGUCGGUGGAGCAAUGGAUUUACCAUACAGCAACAGUUGCUCAAGGAAAGCUUCUUGACGAAUGCGAGCGUAUGGUAGCAGCAUUUGAGGCCGAGGGCAUGAAGGCGUUGUCUUGUCUAGAAGCAAUGGAAGUCGUCUGA